AUGUCUUGUUGUCGCUGUUUUCAUCGUCUACGAAGUAAAAGCAGAGAAAACAAUACAACAGACGAACCUGUGGAGAAUCAUCAUCUUCAUGAUAUAAUUGACUGCACGCCAAUGGAUUUAUCUCGUUUAUCAAUACGAAUUAUGGUGGUUUUGCAUGAUACUUGGAAUGUGGCUACUGUAUUAUACCACCAGUGUUAUCACCAUGAUCCUUAUACUAAUUAA